CCCGUCUCCACCGGGGCCUGCCCCCUCCCCCGCUCGUCUCGUCUCCUCCCCUCGCCGGGCCGGGCGCCCGCCUCCCGCUCCCGCCUGCCCGGCACUGGCUGACUCUCUUCCGGCGGCGGGCUGUGCGGAGCGGCGGGCGCGAGUUCAUGAAAAUGCCAGCAGAUAUACCAUUAAACAUUAAUAUCAAGGAACCCCGUUGGGAUCAAAGCACUUUUGUUGGAAGAGCCAAUCAUUUCUUUACUGUAACAGAUCCCAGGAAUAUUUUAUUACCUAAUGAACAACUAGAAAAUGCAAGAAAAAUUGUGCAUGAUUACAGACAAGGUAUUGUGGCUCCUGGGUUGACAGAAGAUGAACUAUGGAGAGCAAAAUAUGUGUAUGAUUCAGCUUUUCACCCGGACACUGGUGAAAAGAUGGUUUUGAUUGGCCGAAUGUCAGCUCAGGUGCCAAUGAACAUGACUAUCACAGGUUGUAUGAUGACCUUUUAUAGAACUAGUCCAGCAGUGGUCUUCUGGCAGUGGAUUAACCAGUCCUUCAACGCUAUUGUAAAUUACACCAACAGGAGUGGAGAUGCUCCAAUUACUGUCAGCCAGCUGGGAACGGCUUAUGUUUCUGCCACUACAGGUGCUGUAGCAACAGCUCUAGGACUUAAUGCACUAACCAAGCAUGUCUCGCCCCUUAUAGGACGUUUUGUUCCUUUUGCUGCUGUAGCUGCUGCUAAUUGCAUAAAUAUUCCAUUAAUGAGGCAAAGGGAACUCAAAUUUGGUAUCCCUGUUACAGACGAAAAUGGGAACAGGUUAGGUGAAUCAGCCAAAGCUGCUCAGCAGGCCAUUACUCAGGUGGUUGUCUCAAGGAUUCUCAUGGCUGCCCCUGGCAUGGCUAUUCCUCCCUUUAUCAUGAAUAGUUUGGAAAAAAAAGCCUUUUUGAAGAUCAGCACACAUGAGAGUUCUUCAAUGUUCUUUGGUACCAUCAUGAUCGUUUAUGCUCUCCUGUUCCUUCCUCUCAGCCUCACAGACUCGGUUCCCGUGGAUGAGUGCCCCCAUUCAAGUUGGAUUAGUUGGAGUCUGUUUGGUGUUUGCUACACCUCUAUGCUGUGCAUUGUUUCCUCAAAAAAGUUCCAUGUCCGUAACACGUUUGGAGCCAGAAUUGCGAGCCAAGAUCCAAGAGUUCAGCCCUGAUUUAGAACGUGUGUACUUUAAUAAAGGAUUAUAAUUCGAGGAAGGUAGAAUGCCCUUCGAGGAGAAUCUCUUGAGCUCCUUUUUUAAUUGCGUGCCAAUGUUGGUGAAGAGAACUCUAUUUUGGCCUCUCCUUUUAUUGUUAAACAAUUUUGACCAUCCAUGUUAUUUUAUAUAAAUAUAUUUUAAAAAAUUAUGAUAAAAUUAUCUUAAAUCACAAACUCAUUACUGUUGUAUUGCCCAUUUUGUAACCAUCAUUUUUUUAACUGAAAGUUUAAUUGCACAUAUCCAAAAAUGUUUACAUUAGCUUGCAAGCAGCUAAAGACAAAACUCCUCAAAAAGAAAAAAAAUCAAGCACACAAAGAAAAUCAGAUGAUCUUUUCUGAGAUUUGUUACCUGUUCCUAGGGUUGCCAACUUUGUUUGGACGAAUUCCUGGAGAUUUCAUCACAUGACAUAAUCAUUAAUUAAAGAUUAAUCUUUAAUUCCUGGAGACACCAGGACAAUCCUGGAGGGUUAGCGACCCUACCUGUUCCACUGUGAGUGGGCAGGAAUCCAAAUUUUCAUUUUUCCCUCAACGUAGGGAAAUGUCUUUCUAAAUGUCUUUGGCCCCAAGGUUCAAGUUGUGACCACAAAUCCUUUUCUUCAGGCCCUCCCUGUCCAGUGUUAGCGUUAUAAGAGUAAUAACUCCAAAGAACAGUUAUACUGUGGCCAUGCCCCACUAGCCUCAUUUGCCAUUGCUAAUAAAUAGCAGAAGCAGUUAAUUUUAUUUUGCCUUAUUUUCUUGUGUCUUAUAAUCUUCAAACUUCAUGGAAAGUUCCUGGGGUUUCCUUUUUAACUACAUUCAGCACAUACAGUCCUGCUGUGUUCAGUCCUUUAAGAGUGCUCUUGUUUUCUGAGUAAUCAGUAUUGCAGCAGUACAAUCUGCCAAACUUUUUUGCAUAUGAUGGUUGUUUGGCCAACCUCUCUGUUCCUGGAAAAGCACAAAGGAAACAUAUUGUAUGCUGCUGUUUUAAUCAAUUACUGCACAAAAUUACUGAACGCUUUCUAUUACAUUUCAUCAUAUUCUCAGUGUAUCCAAUAACACACCCAUUGUAUUACCCAGGCCCACCUAUAUUUAAUAUACAGUAUACUUAAUGUAACAUUAGAAAGCUUAAACUUAAAGAGCCAAAUUCUCCACUGGGACAGAUUUGUGUAUCUCCACUGACGCUGUGCCAGUUUGCACCAGCAGAGAAUUUUGUCCCACAUUUUUAGAUGUUCAAAGUAAUAUACACAAUGACUGGUGAGUGUUUUACUGACAGUAUGUUGUUAUGCAGUGACUAUAUAACAUAGCUAAUGUCUGGCAGUUUAGAGAACAGUCUAGUGGCAGAUUUUGCUUGACUGUGAUCAGAGUGAAUUUUCUCAUAAAGCGGAGAUUUGUUUGAUGGCUUGUUACUUUUAUGUUUGAUCUAAAAGGAUUAACAGAUCUGAAGCUUUAGUCCCCUUAAAUGCCACUGAGCCUUACCUGCAUUUCUUCUGUAAUUACCUACCUUCACAUUUUUGUCUUAACCUUUCUAGUUGGGAGUGAGCUGGUUUCCCCAGUGAAUUCUGACUCUAGAUAUAUUUUAUUGCAAUAAAUAGUUCUGCAUGAGAAGAAAUGAAAAACAUAAAUUCCAAAAGAUUUGUGUUAUGCUUGAAUGCUUUCAAAAUACAUGUAGAAGUGUAUACACAUCUGCAGAGGAGCCAGGAAGGAAUUUAUUUAAUUUUUACAAUCUCCUAUUUAAAGGAGCUUGUCUCAUUUUUAAACAUGCCAUUUCUCCACCCAUUGAUUUUUGAACUCUUGCAAUCAGAUAUAUUUUAUGUGAACUCACUUACUCAGUUUUGAAAAAUCUGAAAUGUGCAAAUGUUCUAUAAAAAUGAUAUAGCCUAGUUUAAAGAAUGUUAUUGAUAGAUUUCAGUUAAAUAAAGGAGAUUCUUCAGUGACCAAAGUAUAGAUCUGAGGAGAAAAAAUAUCAUGGGUAUAUAUAUUUUUUGUUAACUUUCUUUUUUGAAGCUUCAGUCUAUUAAUGCUUUUCUACAGAACUAAUAUCUGUACAGUUUCAUGAUAUUAUUAAACAGAACAAAAUAGUAUAAAGAUCAGACAAUUUAUACUGAUCUGCUAGAAAUAGAAUGUUUUUCAAAAAAUAUUUCCAAGUAAAGUGCAAUAAACUCUUACUUAAAACUAGAAAAAUAGAAUAGUUAUAUUUCCACUUGGGGAAUAUAAUUUUCAGUGAUGCAGUGACUGACUACAUUUUUAAUUUAAGUAUUAUCACAAUGUCUUGCCAGUAUUGAUGGAGUUAAUGUUAUAUUUAAAGUGAACUAGAUAAAAUAUUAAAUAAACUCAGACUGAAAUUAA